AUGUUGGAUAGUUUGCCUUUCUUUAUCUCCUAUUUCCUGCUUCUUCCGUGUGUCUGUACACCCUUCUCCUUUUUUAAGAGUCUAAGCCCCGGUACUCUUGCCUCAGCCUUAUCUGACUGGUAUUUUGUCCAGUCUCAAGAAGCCGUUAACAUGGCUCGCAACCUUCUUGAGAAAACUCAUUCGGGUGGAGGCUUAUUCAAAUUCGGUGAUGGUUCUGAGCAUGUAUUUUGGUCAACUGUAUUAGCAUUGACAUCUCAAGGGCGGCCAAUGGAAGUGUCUGCUUUGUUGGCGUCACAUCCCAAGGCUAAUUCCAGCUUUUAUCGGGAUAUCCGCCAACUUUUAGUUUCAAUGCCACUCUCUGAUUCAAUUCAGAUUGAUCUAGAAUCAACCUGGUCGAGAGAUGAGUGUUCUGAGAGAGCGUGGCAUCACUGGCAAAGCGUCUGUAAUGUUCGCUUGAUGGAAGAAGCCCAAAAUAAUUUACGAGUAGAUGACGUUGAUGCAGAAUACCUCACCCUAAUUCUUUCUAUUUUGGCCGGUCGCCAUGAUUGUUGGAACGAUCCGCGGGUAGUGGCUGCCUGUGGAGAUUGGUACUUCCAAUUCGUCGGAUGGCUUUUUUACACUCACCGCUUUGUGGACCGUUCUUCUCUUUUAACCAUGCUAGAACAGUUUGUUUCCAAGUUUGGAACUGUCUCUAGCGAUAAAUCAGAGGUUACAAAUUCUUUGCUGUUGCUUAAUUGUCAGCCUGUAGAUGAGGUAAUCAAGCACAUAUUCGCAGAAGACAUUCUUUCCACGCUGUUUACUCUGAGUGAGAAAUUCAACAGCUGGUGGAUGGUUGCUCACUUUGCCAAUUUGGUGAAGCGCCUCCUUCCGGAUUUUUUCAAUGACAUCAGUUCUAUCCGGCGCCCCUCUGAACACUUGGACUUGAAAUCGGAAAGGACUGAUUGUGAUUUGGGUGAAAAUGAGUCUACCACGAUGCGUUUGGCCUCAGCUAUGCCAGACUUCUUCCUGAUGCGAUACGCAGAGAACCUAGCUGCAGAUUCAAGCCUACUCAGUGUGGCGCUGGGUUAUUUGGAUCACUGUACCGCACUGCAGCCUUCUGCUCAGGCCGUUCAGGCUUCGCUUUUGCAAAGAACCAAGCCGACUACCACUCGUCUUACUCAAAAUUUGAUUCAUCUAGCAAAGAGACAUCAGCUCCACGAUGUCGUUGGUGAGAUAGCACGCAUAAAAAUGCGCGCGUCGUUGCCUCCUUCAUGUCCUCCCCUCUCUACCAUUAACAUUCCGGGCACCUGCUCGGCUCUAGGAUGGGCUAUAGUUGCCCGAGAUAAGCAGAUGAUUGCUCACAUAAUCACACGAACUCUCUCAUACAGCAUGUCGAAUGAAUGCGGCGAUGUGGAUCCUUGGAAAUCUGUAAAGGAGGUAGCCAGCAUAUUGACUUGCCUUUUCGGGGGCGAAAAACGAGGUCCAGCUUCUCUGCGAACACACCCUUGGCUCACACCGUUAGCCAUAUCUCCCGAAUUUGCAUUUAUGUUUCGGUACUCCGAACUCCACUGCCAACUCGCUGCCAAUAACGGUGAGAUGAUAACCCGCGUUGUGCUUGACCUUCUGUCCUUAAGUGAUACUAGUGGUGCUUUUCAUGUGCCACUCAAGUUUAAGAUUCACCUUCUCGGGCUUUUGAAGCCUCAUCUAAAUCCAGCGAUUAUGGAGAGAAAACAAGCUGAGAUGCUGGGUGCUGUCGUUGCCGAGUUGAGGGCUACCCUUCGCCUAUUCGGAAGAAGUGACGAAGCUAAUCAGUCUCUGCUGUUGAACUUGAGCGCACUUUUAGUUCAAGCUAAUGCUGCAGCAAUUUUGCGAGAUGGUAGCUAUCUUGACGGAUCCUAUACGCCCUCACAACAUACAAGUGAGUGUACGGCAUCGGAUGUAGGAUGCUAA